AUGGAUAAUAACCAUAUGCUGAAGGUCCAACGGAGAAUCUCGCUGCAAACAAAGGCUAGGGAUGAACUACAGGAAUUACCGGAGUCAGUCAUUAAAUCAAUUGCUCAACACCAAAAUGCUCUCUUCAACAAUAAGUUGUCAAUGCUGGAGAAGGCAUACUCUUUAGAGAGGGAGGAUGCGAAAUUCAAGAAGAUCAUGAACGAUUGGGUGUACAUAGCUAGCAAUUACUGUUUCCUCUUGGUGGAAAACCAUUUAGACGGAUGUGACGAACUUGCAGUAGAGCUGUUCACCGCUUUUCAUAUUAUUCUAACAAAUGCUUUACUGCCGAAUCGCAACAACUUGUUGUUGAGUGAUGUUGAGAGACAAUACAUUGAGAUCUUUAGAGUCAAACACAAUACCUUGAUGCAGAGCAGACGUUCAAGAUACUAUAGCAUAAUAAUCAAAUACUUGAACAGGCUGAAAAAAAUCGAUGAAAUGAACAUCAAUGCCUCACAGAAGAGGCGGAGUCUAGAUCCGAAGGCCUUCCAGAGCAUACAAUUACGGUCGCCCUCAGAAUUAUAUCCUCAGACUGGAAUGGGGAAACUACGAUUGUCGGGUUCAUCCUUAGAGGAGGCCACGUCAUCGGAUUCGUCAGAUAACGACUCAGUUUUGGAAAUGAUGCAUUCUUUAAAAACUAUAGACAUUGAAACGUUUCUUCAAGUAGAUCCACGAAAUUUGACGAUUAUUAACAUCCAAGUCCGGAAGUUGAACUCACAGAAGAGAAACAUCAUAACCAUAGAUCCAAGUCUAGUUAGUGAUUCCGCAAGCAUAGACCAUCUAAUUAUUCCAUACUUGAAACAAAACGAGGUAAUUGUUUUGUUUUCGAAGUCUCCCAAUAUAUCCGGACUUGAAACAGAAAUGUUUAACCAGUUGUCGAAAAGGGGCUUUGAUGAUAUCUAUUGGCUACAAGGAGGGUUUAAUACUUUCAAGUUGCACUGUAUUUCUCCACAAACCUUUUCACCUUCGACUAGGUCUUUGCUGACGCCGAAAAUACCGUUGUUGAAUAGCGACAGUUACGAGCACUUUAAUACAACUCCUAGCUCAAGAAGUCCGCAAGUAAUACCGCAACCGAUUCCUCCACCAAUACCAAUAUCUCAACCCUUAAUAAAACAAACGGAUGUCUCUAUCAACGGAAUUAUCAACGGUUAUUCCAAUAACAGCCAAAGUAACUUGAAUAAUUUGAAUAAUGGCAGCCACAAUCAGCAUUCGAUAGUUUCCACUUCUACAACUACCUAUAAUGAACCGUCCAAAUUGAGUUAUAAACCUAUCGUUAGGUUGAGAAACUUGGGCUCUACAUGCUAUAUCAAUUCAUUAAUUCAAUGUUUGUUUUCGCUUGAAAAGUUUAGAGGCUUCUUUCUCAACGAUGCAAAAUUAAAAGACUAUUUGACUAAUUUAAAUGGUUCAAAGGCGUGGCUGACGUCAAGUAUACACGAGCUCUUCAAUGAUUUCUACAAGUACUCUCCACACAAUACCCAGCCGCCGGUGAUUGAUAUGACCAGAUUUCUAUCAAUUGUCGCCAAGAAAAACCCUGAGUUCAAUAUACCUCACGAACAGCAAGACUCAUCUCAGUUUUUGUAUUAUAUUGUCGAUCAGUUACACAAGGAGCUGAAAUUCUCAUCAUCCAGAGCAUUAGAAUUACACCUGGUUGAAAUCAACAACAGGCUCAGCGAAAAGUAUACAAAGUACCAAUAUAAACUAUUGGAAGAUGAGGGCUAUAGUUACAUCAAGGACCUUUUUAAUAUUAGAGAGGGAGUUAAAAUGAAAUGCAAUAGAUGUGGGUAUACUAGUGUAAAGUAUGAUACUUCGAUAAUGUUGCAUCUAUCCAUCAACAAAAGAUCGACAAGUUUAAAUGAAAUCAUGUCAUUUAAUUUUCAACCAGAAGAGAUGAGUGAGAGGUUAGGUAAUGCAUGGAGUUGUGAUGGUUGUAAAGAAUCCGAAAAAAGAUUUAAUGAAUUACAAGAUAAAGUUGAUACCUACUAUGACAUUAUUAACGCAACUACUAAACUAGAACCAGGCAUUAACGAGCAACACCAUAAAAAAAAGAAGAAGUUUUUUAGGCCUUUUGGCAUUACUUCCAGCAAAGGUCCAAAACAUUCCGAUUCUGAGGUUAUAUCAAGGCAAGAGUCUGUUGAUCCCGAAAUGGAGAAGUUUAUCAACUCGUUCACCGAUGCAGAAAAAUCAGAAUACGAUAAACUCUUGGACAUUACAACAAGAGAACGUGUUGCCUAUCGAACGGUUGAAAUAAUCGACCUACCAAACAUACUUGUUAUCUGUCUUUCACUAUUCCAUCCAAACAAACAAGAUACCAAGGUGAACAUGAAGAGCUUGAAAUUCCCUGAAAAAUUGACAAUGGAAUAUGAAAGUUGUUGCCGAGUGUAUAAACUAAAUUCCUGGGUCGAUCAUUGGGGCGGAAGUCUUGACUCUGGCCAUUAUACUGCAACCGUUGAUUUACUGUCAACACAAUGGCUUGUUUGUGAUGACGACAAAAUCCAGCCUGCAUACUCUAAGAUGGGCGGAGUAGAUGACAGUAAUGUCUAUCUGUUGUUUUACGAGGCCCUUUAG